AGAAAAGAUGGCUUUUAUAAACAGAAAAAGCUUAAGAGAACACACAUACCUCUGUUGUUUUCACACAGGGUCAUAGCCUGUAAAACUCCUGCCCAGCCCUCUGCUGGCUGACUUGCAAAUCACAAUGAGGUACUCUUUCACACUAACAAGUUUUACCUGUUUGGCCUGUCUGCCUGACGAUAUGAAGUGUAGCUAAAGCACACCCCUCAGUGCGUUAGAGCUGCAGAGACAACAGAGAAGACGCCGGUGUCCACUUGAAUGGCUGUCAACCACACAUCAGGCGAUGGUCAGUAUGACUGUGGUGAUUCUCUGUUGGAGCCUAACGUUUACACAGCCAAUGACUGUACCGAAGUGGAACCAGGAGAGCAAAACCUGUGGCCCAGACCUCUUGCUCGAAAGUGGAUCCUGAUGCUGUUCCUGGGCACCUGCCUCCUCUACUGCGCCAGGAUGUCCAUGCCAAUCUGUAUAGUGUCAAUGGCGACCUCUUUUCACUGGAGUAAGAUCGACUCUGGGUUGGCUCUGGGCGGAUUCUUCUGGGGUUACUGUUUCACACAGAUCCUGGGAGGACAUGCAAGUGACAAAGUUGGAGGGGAGCGUGUCCUGUUCAUCUCUGCAGCCUCGUGGGCUCUAAUCACAGCUGGUACUCCUCUUCUGGCCCAUCUGGGCUCUCACACCCUCGCUCUCAUGACUAUGAGCAGAGUCCUUAUGGGACUGCUGCAGGGUGUUUUUUUCCCAUCUCUGGCCAGCCUUUGCUCACGGCGUGUAGUCAAAGGAGAGAGAGGGCUUUUAAUGAGCACCAUGCACAGCGGGAGCCAUCUUGGGACUUUGUUAGCGGGUGGAAUGGGGUCUCUGGUGCUGGACCAGUAUGGCUGGGAAAGCAUGUUCUACAUUACUGGUUUCCUGUCUGGACUCUGGGCACUCCUUGUUUGGCAGUGUUUCUUAAAAGGUGAAGUUGUCUCCAAGCAGAGGGAGUUGACUGAGGACUCGCAAUGGAGUUUGUCAAGAACGUUUUGGUUGAGACUUUUUAAGAAGCCGCCUGUCUGGGCCAUGGUGUUUACUCACAUGUGCAUUUGCAGCACUUCGUACACUUUGCUGUCAUGGUUGCCAACAUACUUCAAAGAAUCAUAUCCACAAGCCAAGGGAUGGGUGUAUAAUGUAAUUCCAUGGCUAACCGCAAUCCCCUCAGCCCUUAGUGGAGGAUACGUUUCAGAUUUUCUCAUAAACGAAGGAUACGGUGUUGCAUUUGUGAGAAAGUUAAUGCAGUUCUUUGCCAUGGGUGCAUCGAGCAUGUUUAUCAUGCUUCUGUCUGGAGCUGUCACAUGGCCCUCCGCUGUCAUUUACGUCUCUGCUGCCAUAGGCUUGUCAAGCUUCACCAGUGGGGGUGUGUCUGUGAAUGUGCAGGAUCUGACCCCAUCAUGUGCUGGUGCUCUCUAUGGUUUCAUGAAUAUGUUGGGUGCUUUCAUGGGGCUGGUGUUGGUCUCGUUGUCAGGUUACCUGAUUGAGGUCACCCUGUCGUGGACCGCCGUCUUCUCCCUCAUCGUCUUAGUAAAUGCCACAGGCCUUGGGAUUUUCCUCAUCUUUGGUGAUGCUCGGCGUGUUGAUGCGGAAGAUUACAGCCAACUUACUGUGAUUUGACCCGGACCUUUUGUGGCAAAUACCAGUGUGUUUCUUUAUCCAUAGAUUUGUAGGUUUGUAGAGUAAUAGUAGAGUUAAUUUGGACUUUUUUCUGCAGAAAACAAAAUACGAACACAUUAUAGUGUUUAACAGAAAUAUCCGCAGUGUUGCUUGGUAUAAAUUCCUGCUUUCUUCGUAAUUGCAUUGACAGUUGCGCUUGUCUUCUUCCGCUGAAAAUGAAGGAACUGUGGCUGUCUGCUAAAUGUGACUGCAUCGUGCAAAUGUUUAUGAUUGUAUGAAUAUUUAAUGUAGAAUUUUAUGAAGAAACUGCUCUUCUCAGAAAUGUUUACAUUAAUGACUACAUGCAAAACGCUGGUGCUCUAAAAACAUGACAGGUGAUUUACAGCCAAACUAUCAGGGGAAAUUAAGACAGACUACUGUCUUAAUACAUACUGCACUUAGGCCAGGGCUUAGAGGACUCUCUCUCAGAGCCUUCGUCUUCAGCCCGGGGCAAAGACUUUCUACAAUCCUGACACAUUCCAAAGAGGACUAACCUUUACUUUGACCCAGAGCUUGCUGGUCCUGUUUUCCUGUUUUUCUUUUUUUAGACUUGAUUGCCUUAUGAAGUGACUUUACUAUCUAAGUCUCACAUGCCGGGAACAAUAAGAUGUGAACGUGCAGGUUUUUUUUGUGCUUAAGCAAUAAGGCAACAAAUGAAAAGAGCAAAACCAACAACAAGUCAGUUCGUGUCUUUCCGGCUCGACUCUCCGCUCUGUGGUUUUGUGGUUAGUGUCAAAGCUGGAUGCGUUGUAGAUCUGGUUGCUGUAGUUUUUAGCAAACAGGAGUAAAUAGUGUACGUGUUUGGGAUUGUUUUCUGCUGCUGAUUUGGUGCCCCAGUGAGUGUUUACAGCAGCAGAAUAAUGUGUGUAAAAGGUUUUUGUUUUGUUUGUUGUUGUUUUUAAUAGACGUCUACUGUUGGUGCGCUUGUAACAAACUGUGUUUUUACUUUAUUAGUUUCUUCUGUUGGGUUCAUUUUUGGUGUGCUAAUGGCCACAAUGUUCAAAUCCAGAGGCCGUCAGCGAACGAAGUGAAAGCAAAGACUGACAUGCAGUUUUCUGUAAAGGACUUCACACAAGUUAUUAGCUGUUGUUGUCGUUGUUUUUUUUUUAAAACUUUUUAUUUAUUUAUUUCAGUAUUAGUUGUCAGGGGUGAAGCAAAUCACAUUGUCUCCAUAAACUUGUGUACCUCCUCAUAUGUUGACAGCUUUGACCAAACUGACAGACUAAAACUGAAGACAUUUGCUGUAUAAAUGUCUAUAUUUUUUAUUUUAGUCAGUUUUGUGAGUUCUCACUAUUGUUUCAGUUUUUGUUUUUGUUUUUUCAUUUUUUUUGUUUCAGUUAACUAAAAGGUUUUUUUCAUGCCUGGUUUUCAUUAUAGUUAACUAUAAUAAUGUGCCUUCACACUUGACUUAAUCAGAAACACGUAAAAAGGAUUCUGUUAUGUGUGUUUAGAAUGACAUAAUUAUAAAUAUUUAUUCAAUUGGAGAGUUUUAUACAGUUUGGCUAUAUGGUGUUUCAAAAUGAUUACACUUUAGUACAUGGUUUUACUGUCUGAGAUGUAUUAAAUGUUAAUGAAUCAA